AUGGCGGAGUUAACGACGUGGGUGUCUGACAAACUUCACGAUGUUCUUGGAUUUUCGGAUAAGCCCACUGUUGAAUAUCUCAUCGAGCUCGCGAAAAACGCCACCAGUCCAGAUUCCCUUGUACAGCGAGUUUCAGAAAACUUUAGUUUUGAUAAUAAGAUGGCAUCAUUUGCGUCUGAACUCUGGGAAAAAUUGCCUCACAAAAGCCAACCUGCUGAACACCCAUACAGGGCAAGGGAACGAGCUCUUGUUGAGCAGCGAGAGAAAUACAUGAAAUACACUCUCGUAUCUGAUGAUGACGACGACGAAGAGCUGCGCAAUAAAGCUAAGGAAUCGAAGAAAGAUCGAAAAAGAAAGCAUUUGCGAAGGAAAACAGAGUCUUCUAGUUCGGAUGAGGAACCCUCCAUAGUUAAUACUGCCUCAAAGGAAAAGAGCGAUGAAUCUGAUGUAGAUGAGUGGGAAAAGGAGGAAGAAGAGAGAAAGGUAGACUUGGAAGAGAGAGAUGCAUUUGCAGAUAGGUUAAAGAAACGGGACAAGGAAAAAACAAGGAAUAUUUUGGAAAGAUCUGACAAAAAGGUAUUGAUACAAUGGAACUUUUAUUAAGUAGAAACCCAGAAGACUGUUAAUUGCGUUUACUUGAUAAAAUCUGAUGCUUGGUACAGGCCGGUUGGGUAUUUUUGGUGAAGUAUGAGACUACUUAAACAAAUAUUGUAUUUAGUUAGCUUACACAUGAAAGUUUAAUUUUUCAGAAUUACCUACUCAGGGAAAACUGAGUACUUACAUUGUACAGGGUAUAACCUCUUCUGUACGUUUGACACAGAAGACUUGAUAUACAGCCUUUGCAAGAUCAGAGUGGUUGAGCAUUUUAUCAGGCCAUCUGAUAUUACGCGAUGGUGCGAUUUCGCACAAUUGACCUCAAAUCGCAUCCGAUUGCACAAUUUGAGGAAAAUCACAUAAUUUCUAAAAAAAUGCUAAAUUCAAGUAAAGUAAACAAUGAAUUCUAACUUUAAUGAAACAUUUUCCCAAUCUUAAGGUCAUUUAAAGUGAUUUACCACUAAACAAAGCCUUGCAAGACAUCUGAAACCUUCAAUCGAUAUCUGGGCAGCCAUUUUGAUUUUAGAGACAAGCAGUGUGGUCAGCAGUGUAACGGCAUCAUGUAAUAUUAAGCAAGUGUUCUUUUUCUUUUCUGUGUCAAAAUAGUCGGACAAAUUUAACUAUUUUGUUUUAAAAGAGAUGUUUUAUUAUUCCUUUACAUUCAGAUUGCCCGUUUAACAACAUUAAAGUGGUUUUUCUCCAUUGAAACCUGGUAAAACAAUGUAAAUUAGCCCUGAAAAAAUCGCAUAAUUUACCGGAUAAUAGUCCUAUCUUAUCGCACAAUCUACCCUGAAAAUAUCACACAAUUUCUGAUUUUUUAUCACACUCUGUCAGAUGGCCUGUUUUAUACAUGAGCCCCUGGCACCUGAGACUGGGCGACCACAUCCCACAUCAUCAACAAUAUUAUGAAAUAAAGUUACGUACUUACUUAUCAAGUUAUAACUGCCAUAAGAAGCACCCAUGUUUGCCUUACUUAGUUAGUUAGUUAGUUACUUACUUACUUACUUAGGCUUGGGAUCAUCCUGAGCCAUCCUAACAAAAUCUUUCCACAUGACCUGAUCAAGCUGCCAUUAAAUUUGUUGUUUCUUUGGUAUUGUCCAGUCCAGUGUCAGCUUUGUUGGUGUCAAUAUAUGUAGUUCUUGGUCUACCUUGAUUUGGGUGACCAUGUUGGGGCUCUCAAGCAGCACUUUUGGGGUUCCCGAAGCAGCUCUUUUAAAGGUGUCUCUUCAUUGUGACAUGUAGAAUGACCAGCUAAUCCUAAUGUUCUCUCACAAAUUGUUUCACUGACUCUUGGAAAGCUUCUGUAUAAUUCCUGGUUGUUCAUAUGUUGAUGCCAGUGCAUAUUCAGGGCCAUUUGCAGUAUUCCAUGGUGUAGCAUCCACUGACACUUGUCUCUGGCUUCUUGGCCCCGGUCCACAAAAAUUAUAUCUCCAGUGUCUCGCUCUGUACGCUUCAAAAAGCUUACUUAUAUAUGUAGAUGUAUGCGUUGUAGUUUAUUUUUUAUCUCGGGUAAUUUUUAUUUUCCCUUUGUUUCAACUUUAUGAGUAUACAUAACCAUACCCAAAACAAAAGAAAAACAAAAAUUACCUGACAUAAUAAUUUAACCACAACGUAUGCAAAAAAGUAAUCAUUGAUGUAAAGAAUUUAUAUGUUUUGUAAGGGUUAUAAAAUAAUGUAUCCAUGAGUGGUUUGCUUGGUGACAGCCAUUGUACAUGUAAAUACCUGUAUAUUAUUAUAUUUUUGCACCAACAGGGAUUUGAAGAGGCAGCAAAAAGGCUUAAAAUGGAUGAAGAAGACAGGAAGAAAAUGGUGAGCAAAAGAACCUCUUUCUGUCCAGUAAAAAUGUUUAAAAUUUGGAAAUAUCUGGGAUGGCACUGCACUGAGCUUUUUGUAACCUGAUUUUGUUACAUAUACACAGAAAGUGAGAAACACCCCCUAAUUAGACGCGCGUGACCGCUCUUCCGGAAAUGAGUAGCCGACAAUAACAAAACAACCAAACAGUCGCUCCAGUCCAAAGACUCACACUGUCUUGACUGAGACACAAUGCAAUUCUCCACAGCUGAUGAAGCUUCAGUUUAAGCUGCAAUUCAUUCUUCUAAAUUCAUCUCUGUAAAUCGCUGUCCGUGAGAGUGAAACAUCCUGCAAACAAUUUAAAAAACUAACGAGCUGGGCCCAGCAUGAUACAACAUUGCAGGAAAACAUCACAUUCUCGGACUAGAAAGAAAAUCGCUUAGUUAUUCAGAUCCUGAGGCACUUUGGACAAAAAUAAAGAACCUAACAGCCUUAUUUAGUGACAAAAAGAGCUUUACGCUUCAAAAGAAGUUAAAGAAAACGCUCUUGCAUCAGAGGGCAAAUCAUGAAGACCAGAAAUUCAAAAAACCACAGAAAAUCAAUAAGCGUGUCAUGACCUCUCAGUGUGAAACAAGCGGCUAAAAUCACAUUUGCUCAGUCAAAACAUCGAACCCCCUAGAGCAUAAUCUACUCACCAGCAAAAAAAAACGUAUUGGAACAAGCAGCAUUUUGGCAUGAGUUAAAAGUGGUGUAGGUUUUAGUACUGCAAGCAAAUCUUGUCCUGAUGAUCAGUGUAGAAAUCGCUUUGACUUUCUCACUGCGUAAUACAGGCAACAUUCCCAGCCGCUCCAAUUCCAAAAGACUGACGGAAACGGAAUAAACAAUAUAGACUUGCAGUUAAUUGACAGGCAUCAAUCUGCUUCCCUAUGCUGCAUCAAUCAGGAGCUCCGUUUGCCAGCGUACGGAGUUUCCCAAAAGAACAAUGCUAUCGGGCAGGCGUAUUUGUUUUUCUCCCUUUCCCCUUCCCCCUUUCCUUCUUUCGCCCUCGCACCCACCAUAAGGGUUACUAUUUCUACUCUCCCCAAUCUUCCACUGUCAUAAAGUCAAAGAUGGCGGCUACAACAAUAUUACGAACACGAACAAGGUUUCGCCCACCCAAAAUACGCCUGCACUGCAGGCUAGAGUACAUGCUAUUAUUGGCCUUUUAAAAGAAGCCAUUGUUGGUUUGCCAAGCAGAAUGAAAUGAAAUUCGAAAGACAUUUCCGGUAAUUCAUUGAGAUGUUAGGAGCCCAGGACAAGGGUCUCGGCACUACCUUGCAGACAUUACUGACCUGGACAUAAGUGACUAAUGGGGUUAAUUUACAUCAGUUUGUGACGCAGGCUACAUGUAAUAAUGUCUUGACACAGAAAGCGGGUUGAAGGGACAGGUAUUUGAAAAUCAGAGGAAGCAAGGCCAUUGAGAAUUUGAUGAACCUUCAGUAACGAAAUUCCUUCAAUAAAGACAUUCCCCAUAUUUAAAAAAAAAUAGAUAAUAAGAAGGAUGCAGUUUUCAGCCCUCUUUCACAGUUACAGAAUAGUUUAUGUUAUAAGCAUAAAAUAGUCUUAAUCACAAAUUGCUUUUAAAAAAAAAAAAAAAACAAAAAACUGCUUUCUUGCUUUUUUGUCAUAAGUGUUAUUUUAGAACAAAGUUUGGAAGUGAAGUCUUCACUUAGUUUUAUUAAUUUUUUUCCAGAUUCCUGAUCUUAGGAAAAAGUCUCGCAGAGAUUAUGUCAAGAAACGAAGAGUUGACCAGCUUGAAAUGCUGCAAGAAGACAUCCUCGAUGAUGAGUAUCUGUUUGAAGAUGCCCAGCUCAGCAAACGGGAGAAGCGAGACAUAGAAUACAAGAAGAAGGUUUACAGCUUGGCAGUGGAACAUGCUAAGGCCGGAGAACUAGAAAAAGUACAGAGGUAUGAAAUGCCCCAGGAGAAUAAGAAACCGGCCAAGUAUGACGACACAACAUUGGAAGAAUUGGGACCUAAUUAUGAGCAGAAGAAAUGGGAAGACGAUAAGCUUGGUUAUGCUGUCAUGAAGUUUGGUGCAAAAGAUGCAAAGCAAAAGAGCAAGGUAUGAUCAUAAUACAGUCUAAAAGCAAGCUGAGUGGAAGGGUAGGGUACAUGAGUAUGAAACUGAAAACAGGGUUUGCAAAUUUUAUUGAUGAGUGGAGUCAGUGUGACUUCUGCUUCACAAAUUUUAGAGUCAUUUUGGAAUAUUUGGAGUCAAGUAUCACAACGACAAAAGCCAUUUUCAGACUUUCCAGUACGUGGCCCUGGCACGUAUACACUAUCGUGAGGGAUACACAAGGUAGCUGUGGCGGUCCGCUGACCUGGAAAGCUCAAAUCCAUGAUGGCGGUCAUGGAGUAAACUUUGAUCGUAAUUUACCCUCUUCCUGUUUUGUUGUGCAGAAUAAUUCUUUAAUUUCGUGAUUUAAUUGAGGUUUACAAUGUUUACAAAUUAAAUUGUAUUUGUUGUGAAAAAGGUAAGGACAAAACUGUGUUUGUUACCGAAAAUUUCUGGAGUCGAAGUGACUCCCUCUGUAACCUCAGUGGAGUCAUCUGAACAAUUUUGGUGUAAAAUACGCCAAAUUUGGCGUAUUUGCGAACCCUGCUGAAAGUAUAAAAAAUAAUGAUUUAUGAAGUGAAAUACAUGUUCAGAUGAGCAUUUCCUCUGUUUUGUGGUGCGUUGUCUUAUUUCCAAAGAUACGAUGUACUAAGCUUCCUUCCAUCCCUGCGUCUUUUCAUACAGUAGUAAUGAGGUAGUUGACUGUGAGCUAGUAAGUGAAAAAAGGUAGAAUAACAGGAAAAGAAAGGGAUGGUCUGCUUUCUGCUUCUUUUUCCCUUUUUGUGGCUUGAUUGUUGUACUUGACAAUUAAUCUAAGCUUAAUAUUUUAUACAUCAUGGAUAGAGACACAAUUUCCACUUUCUGUUCUGUUUUUAUUGACUCUUUAGUUGUCUCUGCUUCACACAAAGCAGGUGGCCCUGUGAUUUCCUGCCAAAAAAAACCCUUGAGUUGCAUUUGAGUUGCCAUACCUGUUGAUAGAGUUACUUUACAUUUGUAUGCCUGUGGUACGGACUGAUGGGUGGGUGGAUGGACAAUUGUAUGGUCAAGUGAAAGUGACUACAAAUAACUGCCAAAAUUUCAUGGAUUCAUACAGUGAUUUUGUUACAAAUAGUUAUGGUGUGUCCUUGGACUCAUCUUGUGAAAAAUCAUGAGUCCCAGUUAAAAAAAAAAGAGUCCGAAAUUGAAAAUGGUUGGGUCUUAAUGUAACCAGACAGUUAAUCUGAAGACAAACUCCCAAACUCUUUAUUACAGUAUACUGAAAUUAAAAUGUAGUUCUUCUAUAAAGGCUAAAAGAAAUAUGCAACGUUAAACAAUCGCCAUAAUAACUGCUACAGAAAUUACGUGAACAGGAUAUUGCUACAAAAACACAUGUUCAGAUUGAUUGAUUGAUCGAUGUUUGGGUCCUACAAGAUGCAUGCUGUGAAUUAUUUUGCGUAUUUGGGGAUUUUCAUGUGUCAGGGAAGCGGGACGCAGGACGCAUACAUUUAGGUACAGAUAACAAAAUCUGCUGCACGCACUUCGCAUUCAUGAGAGCUCCGCUAUUAUUAUUUAUCAUGGUAAAUAAUUAUUAUUGACAUAGAAUUACAUGUAUUUUAUUUCUUUUUCAAACUGCAUUUUAGAGUAAAGACUAUGACCUAGUUGUUGAUGAGGACCAAAUAAAUUUUGUAAUGGCUGAACAAAUCCCAGGAACUAAGGAAAAGCAGGUAUUUUGUCUUCUUAGAAGUAAUAUUAUGAGCUCUUAUGACUGUGAUGCUCCAGGCAUUUAAUCAGACAUGCUUUUGCAUCAUUCUUUAUUAAUUUUCAUAUACAGCUGUAGCCAGCGAGAAAGCUCUCCUGGGGACCCUGCCCCAAGAAAUCCCAGGAUCAGAGCUUGCUUGUCAGUUAUAUUUUAUAGAGUAACAAAUUAACAUGUUUUCCAUUUCCCCACCUUAUGACAGCCUUGCGUAUGGCUUUCAAGUUGUAUUGAAUGUCCUUUGAUCUGCUGUUUUUCUGGAUAUGUUUUUUUCAUUUUGUUUUGCUCAUUUUGCAAAGGUCUGCAGCUGUUACAGUUUGUUGCUUCUAUCGUCUUCUCAUUUUCUUUUUUUUCUCAUUCAACACCAUGAUAAAAAGAUUUUUUGUUCUUCUUUGCAGGAACCAGAGAUGAAUGAGUUUCAGAAGAAGAGGUUGACAAUUGAAGAGGUAAGUUGUUGCAUGUGAGGCUCAUGCAAAACCAAAACGGUAAAUUCUACAUACUCAAUAAUGUCUGCUUUAUUAUUGGUACCAGAUGCAUGUACAUGUGUAUGUUUGACUGUAUGAAGUGAGCUGAUUGGAGAUGUAUUACUAUCGGCAAUAUUUACUCCUGUAUUAAUGUUGUUUCUUUCAAUACAAUAUUAUUUGUUGCUUUUUUAUAGACAAAGAAGAGCUUACCAGUUUAUCCUUACAGAGAUGAUCUCAUCCAAGCAAUAAGAGACCAUCAGGUACUGAUUACUGGUCAUGGGAGAUUUUACUGAGAGUCAUUUAAGACUGGCAACCCUUUGUAUGCAUGGGGAAUACUGGGUAGUCUAAGCCUGUAGAACCUGUAUGAUACACUGUACUUAUCUUACUUAUUGACUGUUUAUGCUGUAAUAAACAGUUACUAUCAAUACUACUUUGUAGGUGAUAAUAAUUGAGGGAGAAACUGGAUCUGGAAAAACCACUCAGAUUCCGCAAUACUUGCAUGAAGCGGUAUGUACACUGUACUUAAUUUGUAACUACAUUUUUGAACCCUCAUGCAAUAUUCCAGAAACUUUUAAUGUUAUGGUUUGUUAAUUACAUAUUAUGUAGCAGUAGAAAAUGUUUUCUGUGUUUGCAUAGCCUGUAAUGCAAUAUGGUGUGUGGAGUUUUUGGGUCUUUCGGGCCAACUCGAGACAAAAUUGAGUGUUUGCAUAACUUGUGAGAAUUCUCCCAACCCCUGGAUUGUUUGUAUAAGGCUAUGCAAAAACAGCAGAUGGUUUUCUAUUCCUCUUACAAAAUAUCUUUUUUGAAGAAAAAUAAAAAAAUUCUUCGUUACCGGCACUGAUAAAAAGAUAAAGUCUUAGGUCCCAAAAUGUGGCAAUCAAAGUUAUGCUCUCGUAUCAGUUCUGGUUUUGCAAAAAAGAUUGCAUUAAAAUACUGAUUUUUCUUGCUUAAAAUGUCAGCUUAAGUGAAAAGACUUUGAUACAGCAUGUAAAGAUUUUUCGAAUUUCAAAUUUCAAAGGAAUGUGUAAAUGUUGUGGAUCUCUAAGCUUAAAACGCCGUUUAACCCUUUAAGUCCCAAUAGUGACCAACAGCAAUUUUCUCUUAACAAUGUCCAUACAUUGUCAAGAGAUAAGGUUGUGAGAAAAGAGAAAAUGCCUUGAAAAUGCCUUGACGUUUUAUUAAAUUCUCUCAACUAAUUCUCAAAGGAAAUGUACGGAGAUCAGUUUGGAGAAUUUGUAUGUGGAUACUGGGGCUUAAAGGGUUAAAGUUGUUGUUGCAUGAUCAGCGCUAGUACGGCUAACAGGGGGGGUGUGCAGCUGUCUAUAUAGGGUCCCUGUUUUGUCCCUCUGAUGUCCCUUAAGUUAAAGUUAAUAAGACGUUGCAUUUUGUUGAUUUAUAUUUCAUAAAUUUUUAGGGUUUCACAAAAAACAAGAUGAAAAUUGGCUGCACACAGCCUCGGCGAGUCGCGGCAAUGAGUGUAGCGGCAAGAGUGUCAGAAGAGAUGGGGACAAAACUAGGAAAUGAGGCGAGUGCUGAAAAAAUUAAACCUAUAAAUGUGCUAAUCUGCUCCAUCAAGUAUCAGUUGUUCUUUAGCAAUACAUAUCAAAUACGCGGAUAUAAAUGUACCAUGUAUAAGAAGGUGAUUUGAACUUUUACCUGUAUUUCAACACUUCAAUAAUUAUUAAUCAGUAAUUAUUAAUUACACUGUAUUUGCAAAUGCAGAAAAAUGUGACUGUGCUAUCUGUCCUGAAAGCUGUUCAGUUGUUGUUACUAUUGUUUUAAUGAACUGUAUCCUGUUGCUAUCAACUUUCUUGAAGCCUUACUCUCUUUACAUUGAGAAACUUAUAAUAUUAAUACGUAUUUUCUUUAUUACUUUGCUUCGGACUGACAUUGCUCCUAGGAAUCAUGCCCUGUGCGUGCAGUCAACUGAUUGGUCAGUUAUCUGCCAGUACAUAACUACCUCAGAAAUCUGUAAGAUGCGCUGAUUUCCACAAUUAACUGUAGGAUCUUAGCAAAUGAGAAGACAGGUAGCAAGUACACUGUACAGUGCAUAAUAAGUGAUAUUAUGUUAUUCACGUGUGUAUCCUCAGGUUGGGUAUAGUAUACGAUUCGAGGAUUGUUGCUCAGAGCGUACGAUAAUAAAGGUGAGACAUUAACCACCCCUACCUACGUAAAGGGGAGCAUAAACAGCCACUAAGGCGACGAAAAAAAACACUAAAGCCCAGUAGUCUCCCUCGCAGCCGUUUUUUGGAAUGUCACGCAACGUUUCCCCCAACGUUGCGUGACAUUCCAAAAUACGGCUGCGAGGCAGGCUAUAAAGCCCCAUUGAUAUUGGAGAAAAGUUGUUUCAGGUGGCAGGGUCACCCGCCUACCCGAGCUACCCUGGGUGAGCCAGCUUUUCAUAUACCGUGUGGCACGAAAUUUUUGCGGGUUCUACUUUUCAGUGACUUUUUGCGAUUUUGGGGGUUUCUCUUGCGAUCCGCAAAAAUAAGUUCCCGCAAAUAUUCAUUUUUCCCGCAAACAUUUACUCCAGAGUAAAUAUUCUCUACACAAAAAUACAUUGCUAAGAAAUCGUGUCUGUUCAAUCACAACUUGUCUCGUUUAUUCAGAAACAACGAAAUACUGGCUUAUUGCUUGAAAAUAUGUUUUUCUAUUGAACGUACUGAAUAAAAACGAAAAUAAUACAAUGCUGGGUACUGGGUACUUUCUGAAAAUUGCAAAAAUUAAUUCCCCGCAAGAAAAACCAAUCUGUUCUAAUCGCAAAAAUUAGUUCCCGCAAAACACCAAAAAUCGCACGUCCGCAAAAAUAAACUGUUACUCCCGCAAAAAUUUCUUGCCACACGGUAUUCCCUUACGAAACGUGGCGAACCGUUUACAUGAGAAACCAAAAGUUGGCUUGCCUAAAACGGUGACCCGCUUAGCCGAUGUACCUGUAGGUUCACCCUCCUACAGCUUUAGUCGGUCCAUCGCUUCUCCAUUAUAAGCACCUUGGCUUUCAUAACUGAGCCGCAUGCGAGCGCUGUUGGCUCGAGCAAAGUGGUCUGGGAGGGUGAGCCUUCUACCCAGGGCAGGUUUUCUUGGAUUAUUAUACGUUUUUGGGAAACUACCCACCUACCCCUCCCCUAAGCCAACUUUAACACUUACUUCCCACUUUGGGCAAAAUGUUGGCUUAAGGGCAAAAUCUUGGCUUAGGGAGGAGAAGGUGGGCAGUUUCCCAGAAACGUAUCCCUAUGUAAAUAGCCCUAUGUAAAUGGGGUCUAAGCUUACUGGCAAAGCAGAAACUUGUCACGUGCAUAACACGUGCACUAAAACGUUAUGCUCCUGUUCUCAGUCUUGCCGUCGCUGCACAAACACGAGGUGAAAUUUAUUUAUGCGACUUUUAUAUUGCAUGGAGGUCAGAAACAUAUGACGACGUUUUCUUUCUCUUUCUCGACUUGCAUGCGUUGCUUGAACCUUAUUGUGAGAUAAGUUGACGGUUCUUCCCUCCUCGUUUACAGUACAUGACGGAUGGAAUGCUUUUGCGUGAGUUCUUGGGUGAACCUGAUCUUGCAGGCUACAGGUACGUUUAACAAACUUUUCAAUGUCUUCAGAAGGAAAGGCUUGUUUUUGCCCCAAAUAUCAUCGAUUGCAGUUCCUGCGUAGAGUUAAAACUUGCACUGCUUGCCACAUUCCAAAUCAGUGUUCCGCAUAUACAAUGUUUGGACAGUAUAUCUUCAAGUCUGAGAACUGAAUUUUUGCGAGGCUAUCGUUUCCGAUUCUUAUAUAAUGGUGUAGGGUGCGUAGUUUAAGAAAACAUAGAGCUGUGGGUUUUGGCUUCAGUUUGUUGCAACUAGUUUUUGUCGUAUAUGUUGUUUAUGGCUGAUUGAUUACGUUUGCUUUUGGACCCAAUUAAAAAAUUCUUGUUUUUCAGUGUUCUUAUCAUCGACGAAGCACAUGAACGUACACUGCACACUGACGUGUUAUUUGGUUUAGUGAAGGACAUUUCCCGCUUUAGACCAGAUCUGAAGCUUCUGAUAUCCAGUGCGACGUUAGAUGCAGACAAGUUCUCCCAGGUAAGGUCUCGAGCGUUUUCUUAAACCUUUUCCUCGCUUGCUGCGCUUUUCAAAAACACGCGAACUCUGAAGUUCAAAAGCCACCUUCGCAAUUACGUUUUUCGCUGCCGUCAAUCAUAAUUACGAUCACAAGCAACGAACCUUGAAACACAGAAACACACAUAAUAGAUCGAAAUUCACCAAUCACAAAUCACAAAUCAUGAUCUGUUCCUGUUGUCCUUCAGCAGCAUAAUUGAAAAUAUAAAACUGUUCUAGCGAGGCCUUAAACUGAACUCGUUGAUGUAAACUUCUGUUUCCUAAGAGGUUCGCUAAGGUGAUUGAUGGCAGCAAAAAACGCAAACGUCAGUUGGCUUUUGAACUUCAAAAUUCGCGUGUUUAUGAAAAGCAAAGUAUAACGGUAAUCAAAGUUAAAUUUAAGAGACGUCCUAAAUUUUUACUGUGUAAAAUGCCGAAAAACAAAUAGUACCAUUUGAAAGUUCUUUGAAAGAGGUUUCAUAUGAAUGGUAAUACCGUUGAAUUUUAGACUUUCAUAGACUCAAAAGUUAGAACCACCUUACUAGUCACAGGUGAUGUUACACAGGACGAUUUGCAACGACGAUAUUAAACGCAACACAUCAUUUCAACAUUGUUACGACAUUGUUUUGAAUGGUUGCAACAUUUUUCCAACAUUGCAGCGCUGUGUUGUGCUAAGAAUCGUCGUCGCGAAUCGUCUCGUGUAACAUCACCUUUCGAGACUCCAUCAUUCACUCUGGCAGUGAUCAGAGUUAAGGUGGCUUCAUGGUCUUCCAACUGCCUGACUACCAAUUCUUAACCUUGAAGAAAUACACUUGAACAUGAUUUUCCCGAAACAUCAUCGUUACAUGCAAACUAGCAAUAUAUUGAAGUUUGAUUUGCAGUUAGGUUUUUGAAGCUUGGAGUGUCCUUAGCAACGCGACGUUCCCAUGGAAAGCUUUUGUUAUUUGGUAUAAAACGUCAUUUUUGUGCUUUAUUCCACCGCCAAUGGUGCGACAUAUUUCCCUUUAUAGAAGCCACACCUUUUCUUUCAAAAUUGUGGUAGCAUGUAUUGGUCGCACAAUAGUCCUAAAGGAACCUACAUAGCCUGCGUAGCAGGCGCUUGGAAGUAAUGCGCGCUGCACCCGUUCUCUCUUACGCCCAUUACUUCCAAGCGCGUGCUACGCAUUAGUAACACAAAGCGCGUGAUACAGAAUAGUAACGCAAAGCUUUAGUGGAACGCGCUACAUGUAAAUGUACCCACACAUAUAUCGCGAUCCUAUGACCAGAGAAGUGUAAAAACUGUCGAAUCCCUCUGAGUUGUUUCAUUUUCUUUGACUUUCAGUUUUUUGACGACGCGCCCAUCUUUAGAAUUCCCGGCCGAAGAUUCCCCGUGAACAUCUACUACACUAAAGUAAGUCGCAAAAUGUAUUUUUUUCACAAACCAAGAGGCGGUUUUAUCAACUGAGUUUUAGGGUAGAUUGGCUACUGUAGCCAGAUGGAGUAGCUCACGUUUGCGAAAUGAAAGCCCUGUACCUUCCUGUUCAUAUAAUGUCAGCAUUAUAUUUUUCAUGAGCUUAGUUUAGAAUUUGUUGUUUACUGGAUCAAUGAUUGUUACCGCAGUUGUUGCAAAUACAAAAAUUUUCUUCCCCUGUGUAGAUAGACCCCAGGACACAAAACCCUCCUCUGCAAGCAGAGGUCUGCAAGAGGAGAAAUGUGUUACUAUUUUGUUUCUGAUUGAGUCACCUAUUCUGGCUCUAUCUUGGUCAGUAUUGGCCCAAUUGAUACCAGGCUUGGAAUUGUGUGAAGCUCGGUUUGCUCUUUCUGACUAUUUUGGUCUAGUGUUGAUAAUCCUAUAACACGCAAACUCGUACCCAGUCCCCCACGAUGUGAAAAUCGACAAUGCCACAAUAAUAUAUCUUAUUGUCUCAAAACACCUUAACAUGUAGUAAGUAUGGCAAACUCUUUCAAACUUUCAGAUGAGAGCGUACAGAUAUCAUCAGACAGGGCUGUGAAAUUUUUCCAUGAGUGUACCUUUUUCUGGCCGUAUUUCCAGCAGUUUUUAGCCGUGUUCUGCUCUCAACAAUAUUCCAAACUACUCGGAGAUUUUGGCGGUUAUGGUGACUAGCUUGUUAACAACUUCUUAACUGAACUUUCCCCAGGCUCCUGAAGCUGAUUACUUGGAAGCUGCUGUGGUAACUGUGUUACAAAUUCACGUGACCCAGCCACCGGGUGACAUCCUGGUGUUUUUAACUGGCCAAGAAGAAAUCGAAGCUUCUCAGGAGCUAUUGCAGGAGAGGACACGCAAGCUGGGAUCCAAGAUCAAUGAGCUCAUCAUUUUGCCCAUCUAUGCCAACCUGCCGUCGGAUUUGCAAGCCAAGAUAUUUGAGCCCACCCCUCCUGGGGCCAGAAAGGUUAGACAAACUGCGUGGUAGGUUUCUUAGAGUAAAGCAAAUACACAAUUUAGUAGAGACAAGUUGACGUGAUUAUUUUAAGUGAGUUGGCAAAAGAAAAAAACGGGGAACAAAGGAUCGAAAUACAAACUAUUAUUUUGACAAUUUUCAAAACACCCGGUCAAUCUGAGGAAAUGUUUAAAAGCUGAGGUUGCCUUACGCGUCUUAAUCAUGUUAAUUCCUUCGGCCCGUUUCUCCACUGACUUUCCGGAGAGCUGUGUGAGAUGUUUAUUUUAAAUAUUCCAGUUUUACUGGUGUUGAAAAUUUAUGCGAUAACAUGCAAAGUAACCGAAACAAAUUGGAUAGGUGUAUGAGCUAAAUCUUACUUUACCAUGAUCCAGCGUUGUUUAAAAACAAGGACACAAAAACUUAAGUCCCGGAUUACUCGUGACCAUUUAUCCUCCAAUACAGACAUGCUUUUGUUUCGUCACGCAGUCCACCUCAAAUCAACAAAGGCGAGUGACAGUUAAUGGGCCAAAAGAACGCAGUCCGCCUCAUAUUGACGAGGGAGGAGGUGUGGAGGGGGGGUGGGGGGGCGGGGUUGGAAGAGCGCGUGAUGAACCAGAAGAAUGCCGUCGUAGGACGGGGAUACCUAUUUAGCGUUUAAAUUUGUAUAAUUUAUUGUUAAAUCUUUCGAGUUGGUUUCUAGAGUGUUUUUCGUUUACUUUUAUCAGGUUGUACUUGCCACUAAUAUUGCCGAGACCUCUUUGACUAUUGAUGGCAUCAUCUACGUUAUUGAUCCAGGGUUUUGUAAACAGAAGAGUUACAACCCUCGCACAGGAAUGGAAUCACUAUUGGUCACACCCAUCUCUAAAGUAAGAUCUCCUCUGAAACAGUCUUGUUUAUUUUGAUCUCUUGAAAUAAUUUGUGAACGCAACCAACGCAACCAUAGGAUGCUCGAGUCGCGAAACAGGCCAGUGGAAUCUUGCUUUUAAAUCACAACACGAGCAAGCAAGUCAAGGAGUCAACUUGUACUGCAAUCAGUAGGCAUUAAGAAUAUAAACUAAAAGUUACUAUAAAUAUUGACGGCACUUGCCUGUUAGUUUUGUAGGGGCAUAUUGCCUCUACAUCCCCUUGUUCCUAAAGCGCCAUACGAUAAAAUAACUUCAAAGGAGGAGUUUUCAACAAAGCGAGGCAGUAGGGUAACCUACAACUUUGCAAGUUAUGUCUUGUGUAAUCAGUUUAGUGGAAGCGUGAUGGCCGAGAGGUUAAGACCUCUAACUUCGGAUCUAUAGCCCCGGAUUUUAAACGCUCGUCGGAAAAUUCAAAUUAAACCCCUAAGAGAGACCAAUGUGGGUGUGGCUCAAGCUUAAACUGACCCCUAAGGGAGAUUUCUGUGAGGUCAAGGUCAGGGCAGUUUUUGUGAAUUUCUUUCUGCACAGUACUAAGCGAGACCUGAAUGGGCAAUUAUAGUGACUUUCCAUACCAAAAACCCUAGGUGAGACCAAAAUCUGCAAUUUAUACCCCAAAGAGAGACGACGAGCAUCUACGUCACUUUUAUAUGGGAGUUCCCCCGGGAUAUCUGCUGGGGGUAACUAGGCGAUUGACCAGCAUGCUAUCCGGGGGUAGUAGCACAGUGCUUUCAGGUGAUCCAUGCUCCAACCACCGGUAUAAGGUCACGACUUAGAAACGCCUUUCCCUUUUACCCAUAUUUGAAAAAUGUUCUGGUUGAUUUAUGUCCAGUGUGGAAUGUUCGUCUCCUCAGGCAUCAGCCAAUCAGCGUGCAGGACGUGCUGGUCGCGUGGCAGCAGGCAAAUGUUUUAGGAUGUACACAGCGUGGGCGUACAAGAACGAGCUGGAAGACAACACUAUUCCUGAGGUAACUACGAUUUACUUGUCCACUUUUUUAAACCAGUGUGGUGGCAAAAGCAUGUUGUAGCCUUUGUGACAAGCGCAAGGGUAGCGCAUGGCGCCGUGUGAUUAGAGAGUAUAGUUUGUGUGUGUGUGUGUGUGUGUAUGUGUGUUGUGUUGUUUUGUUCUUUGUUGUCGGAAUUCUUCCGCCGUUUGUCGUGGAUUUUGUCUGUUGUUUGCUACUUGCAAUUCCAACGCGUGGAAGGCUCUCUCCCACCAUCAGACACACACUCUCACUCAGUCUGCCGAGUUAAACUCCAAAGGAAGUAACUACAUUACACAACCAAAUAACGAGCUGAUCAUAGAAGAUGGGGGCCACCUAGCCUUCGAUCAAGGCUUGAGGGACAGCCUUUGGGAAGGGGAAGGGGGGGAUAAAAGAGUCUUCCCUUUCCUUUCCAAACCAACUCCUUCCCCUUCUCCAGUGGAUCCACCUUCAUUGCUUUGGCCAAACUUGGUUCCCAAUAACGUCACGUUCACCCGUUCACCUGUGGAAGAGGCUGCCAGUAUUUAACAUAUGGAGAAAUACUAUUUGCAUGGAGCUCUACGCACUAUCCCGUUCGUCUACCAUGUUUCCAAGAACUAUUAUCCGAGAGUGGUCAUCAAAAAGUUUUAUAUUUCAUUUCAUUUUGCCUUCUGUAGAUCCAAAGAACAAAUUUAGGGAACGUGGUUCUUCUUCUCAAGAGUCUGGGUAUCAACGAUUUGAUUCAUUUCGAUUUCAUGGAUCCCCCUCCAGCGGAAACUUUGAUCAUUGCCCUUGAACAGCUCUAUGCAUUGGGGGCACUGAAUCAUCACGGAGAACUUACCAAGGUAAGUAAUAAACCACUUUCCUUAGGUGUUCGAAACUGUUAUUAAGCCCAUCACUCUUUUUUAAGAAAUGGACAAAGUGACACAGAUGGGUAUCUUAAACAUAGAAAUGAAAGCGCGUUAUCAGUUUCAAGGAGCGUUUGCCACUUAAGAAACGAGAGGGAGAAUGGGUCGAGUUAACUUUUGCAAUGAAUUCUGGGACUGUUGCUAGGGACAGGGAAAAAAUGGCCAAUAGCUGAUCGGCGCGUCCCCAGUAGCGAUCCCAGAGACAAUUGUGGGACGCUUUUCGGCUCGAGUUCCCAUCUCAUUUCUAAAGUGGCGAAUAGUAGAAUGAUCUACUCAGAAAAAAAAGAGUGAUUCAAUUUUCUCUGCAGUCGUGAAGGAUUUUCACCGCUUUUCAGAUUAACAGCUUAGCUGGUCAUCAGGUUGUUACUUUCAAAGCAAUUUUUUGUGCAUAUGGUGACAGAAGAUCCAUCAGGGCGGCAUUUCGUGCAUACGUGUAAAGCAAAUUGUGUGGUUUUUAAUAAUCAUUUACCGUUUUCUUUCUUUGUAGCUCGGUCGUCGCAUGGCAGAGUUUCCUGUGGAACCAAUGAUGUCAAAAAUGCUGAUAGCGUCUGAAAAGUACGCAAAAGAAAGUACUUUUGACAGAUUCCCUCACUUUUUUUUCUUUUCCUGAAAGCAGAAUAAGCUUUUUAAUCUGAGCUUUUCAAUAAAGAGUAUAUCAAGCAUACAUCACGAAAACGUAUCGAAAAACAGAGAAUGAAAAAAGUGGUGAGUCUCGCGAGACACGUUCCAGACCUUCCUGCGUUUGAUGAGUUUUCUUCCAACGCAAAGAUAUGCCUAUUUCGCAGUGUGCCAGACAUUAAGAAGUGGGUCGGUUGGAAUAACGUUGCCUAGUCGAGCUUGCCAAACCCAGUUCGAAGUUUUGCGUAGUUGACGAAAUAUUGUUGGAGUGUGUGAUAUAGUUUCCUACAAAAGAAAUGCCGAAAAAGAUAAUUGUAUUCUAAGUAAGAAAUAUGACGUAUUAGGAAACCCUAAGAAGCAGUUCCUUCACACAUCUGCCUCCAAUUUGAUUUGUAGAUACAAGUGCGUAGAGCAGAUUCUCACCAUCACCGCCAUGUUAUCCGUCAACAACGCCAUCUUCUAUCGUCCUAAAGACAAAGUCGUGCACGCGGACACCGCGCGUGUGAAUUUCUUCCGUCCCGGCGGGGACCACCUGACCCUUUUGAAUGUUUAUGAUCAGUGGGCAGAGACAGAUUACUCAACUCAGUGGUGUUAUGAAAACUUUAUUCAGCAUCGUUCUAUGAAGAGAGCCCGCGAUGUUCGUGAGCAGCUGGAAGGACUGAUGGAGAGAGUGGAGAUUGAGAUAUCUUCUAAUCCGAAUGAUUCAGUGCCGAUUAGAAAGGUAACUGCUUCCUUUGGCCGGAUUAAGAUAUUAGGGAGCUUAAGCAGCGACGUUUUUGAGCGACGCACGUCAACCGGAAGUGAGGUAUUUCCCCUCUUAACAUGCCUUGAUGAUAUAAAAUUUGUAUUCCUUAGCUUGUUUACUGUUAUACAGGCAAUUUGACUGAAAAUUUGCGCGAAACCACCGUCAAAAAAUGAAAAAAGGCCACUUCCGGUUGACGUGCGUCGCUCAAAAACGUUGUUGCUUAAGCUCCCUAUUAAUAAAUAGCAACGUUUCUGCGCAAAAACAUAUGGCAGAUUUAGCAGUAACCACGAAACGUCAAAUGAUAACGCGAAGUGCAUGGUAAGGACUGAACGCGACUUCCGGUGCUUUAUGUUCUGCUCUGCUAUUGGUUUAUACGAAUUUUAAACCUGGGCGCGCCGCUUGCGCGCCAGCGUUGCUCUCGUGACGUUCUCUUUUGCUUAAUCUGCCUAUUGUCACAUGUCGAGGAGAGUUAACUUUAACAUUGUGAGACAGGCUCUUUCAAUUUCGUAAAAAAUCUCGCUAGUGCCUUUUUUUGUCAUUUUGUUUUUACCCACUAGCAUUUUAAUUUCCUCGCUACCUACAAAAUGGAAAUAGCAAAGGCUAGUCAAGGCGGGUAGUGGCUACCGUUCAUCCACUCUUCUUAUAUGAUGAUGGACUUAAUUAUCUACACCCAGAGUUGGUCCUCGGCGGCACUCACAAAGCCUACUGUCUGUGUGACUGUCUGAAGCAUCCGUUCGCCCUACAUUGUGCAUUGGGCAAUUUGCCCCGGGAGUUUGCUCCCAAAUAUUUAACCGGUUAAAUAUCGUGGAGCAUUUUGCGGGGUGGAAAUUCUGCUCCCGAGGAUGAAGUAUACCCAUGAAAUAGUUGGUACACACGGAGAAGCUUUGCUCCCGGAGCGUGCCCCUGGAGCAUGCUCCAGGAGCAAAAUCCCUCGUGUGUAUCGGCCUUUAGGGUGGUGUUCGUCUUGUCGCGAUACUCACGCUGAAGUCACCUAGUGAUAUUAAUGUGCCAACCAGAAGGGCAUUAGUUCUUGAAACCAAAGAUUCGUUUUUUUCACUCGUUACAAGUUCGAGUAACAAAAACAAUGUUUGUAAACGUUGAUGUCUCCUAUAGGGUUGUCCAUUAAAGGAGUUGACUAUCAUUAUUGCUGAGAUUUUACACUGACUUACUUGUUGUUGGUUUACAGGCCAUUACCGCAGGAUACUUUUACCAUACGGCAAGACUGGGUAGGAGUGGCCAGUACAGGACAGUGAAACAUCAGCAGGUUGGUGGAUUAAACUCCAUUCAUCAUAAUACAAAGUCUUUUCUACUCUCUUGACAUUUUGCAUAAAUUAAUUGGUGGGGGGGAUGUCUAUAGAAUAAAAAUUUUUAUGACCUCUGUGCUUCGCACGAUAGAUGUAUACGAUUCCAUGAUUUCAUGAUAUAUGUUUUGUUUCUUUUCUUUUCUUUUUUUCCUUUGCUUUUUAGACAGUCCAGAUUCACCCGAACAGCAGCUUGUUCCAAGAGCAGCCAAGAUGGGUGAUCUACCACGAGCUCGUGUUUACCACCAAAGAAUUUAUGAGACAGGUAGGGUCGUAUGAGUAAGGUCAAUAGUUUCAUGAUUUUGAGACCUUAAAGCGUAGUUUCUAACGGACUGUACAAUGUUAGUGCCAGUUUCAUUUCCCGGAAAUUCCAGUUGGAAAGUAAAUGGGGGGCGACUUUUCGAGGUCAAGAUCAGAGUUCCUGAUUUGUCGUGUUUACGUUUCUGUGUUUUUAGAUUAUUGAGAUCGAGAACAAGUGGCUGUUGGAGGUAGCACCUCACUACUAUAAAGCCAAGGAAAUUGAAGAUAGUUCCAAUAAAAAGAUGCCAAAAAGCACAGGAGUCACGAAAGAACAGGUCCGGUCCACCACGUGAUGAUAGCUGAAUACGUUACAAAGAACUCUUACCGUCAAAGAGAGAAGGAGGACAGAGUGGUUUCCUCAACUGGCACUGCCGGUUGCUGUGACACGUAAUAUCUCCGGCAUGCACACAGUUCGUCUUCCAAUAAUUGUAACCUGAAAGUUGUUACGUCAGGCUAGAGACACGUCCAGUGUGAUUUAAACUUGGAAAUGCAAAAAUUUCCAUGACUUUCUAGCACCUUUCAAUCGCAGAAAAAUAUCCUCAAAGAAUCCCAGACCGUUUCCAGUUUAGCCCGACUUUUGACUUUGGUCGUGGAAACAAGCUGAAAAGAGACUGCAUCAGCCUUUGGGAAAGCAUCAAGUAAAGCUUAAGUGACGUCGUAGGUGGCGAGUCGAUAAAUCGUGAUAAGUUUAUU